CCCGGAAACGGCAGCCCGCACCCGCCGCGUUCCGUUACCAGCGUUCCUUCACUGCGGCGGCCUCUGGCGCUGCGCGCAGCGGCCCGCGUGCAGAAUGGAGGCCAAGGGGGAGUCCACGCCGGCCGCCGACGGCGAGUGCUCGGUGUCCGCGGAGGAGACCGAAAAGUGGAUGGAGCAGGCGAUGCAAAUGGCCAAAGAAGCCCUAGAAAAUACUGAGGUUCCUGUUGGCUGCCUCAUGGUCUACAAUAAUGAAGUUGUGGGGAAGGGAAGAAACGAAGUUAAUCAAACCAAAAAUGCUACUCGACAUGCAGAGAUGGUGGCCAUCGACCAGGUCCUAGACUGGUGUCGUCGAGGUGGCAAGACUCCUUCGGAAGUGUUUGAACGCACUGUGUUGUAUGUCACCGUGGAGCCGUGUAUCAUGUGCGCAGCUGCUCUUCGCCUGAUGAAAAUCCCGCUGGUCGUCUAUGGCUGUCAGAACGAACGAUUUGGCGGCUGUGGCUCUGUUCUAGACAUUGCGUCUGCUGAUUUACCGAAUACUGGGAGACCGUUUCAGUGCAUCCCUGGAUAUCGGGCUGAGGAAGCAGUGGAAAUGUUAAAGACUUUCUACAAACAAGAAAAUCCGAAUGCACCAAAAUCAAAGGUUCGGAAAAAGGAAUGCCAGAAAUCCUGAACUUGCUCUAAUGAAGGACUCGUGCCCCUGGACAACAUUCUUGGACUGAAAGCUGUUGACGUCGUUAAAUAAUAUGUUUAUAUAUUGUCCUUAACCCAUGGGAAAUGGUUUCUCAUCAUUUGCUCUGCUAAAGGGACAAAUGAGCACUUUUUAAAACUCUGACAAUGUAAGCAACUCUUAGCUUUUCCACAAGCUGGAAGAACAUUUUUAAGAAGAGGAAAAAUUAAAGAUCAAGGUUUUAGAAAUUACGAAGCCCUGCCUACUCUUCCUGCAGAACCAUUAUGCUAGGUCCGGGAAAGGUGACUCUCAGAGAAUGUGUGUCCAGACUCACCUGUGCCACCCUGCAGACGCCUGCUCCAGGCCUGGCCUUUCAGACUCAGACCCUUCCUUCUGUGCAGCCACUAUGUUCUCCCAGGGCAUGGGGAGCUCAUGACUUCUUUGGAAAUUGUAUAUGAGUCGUAUACAUAUAGACCAUGAUUAUAUGGUCCUUAGAACAAAUUUUUGCUUUUAUAAAGCACUUAGUGAAAAUACAUACUUUUCAAAUAGUG